AGUCGCUCGAAAGCCGUUCCAGACGCGAUCAGUACGUUUUGAGUUGUGGUUCGCGACGGUUGCUGAUCUUCCAGUGCUCCCAAGAAAAAAAACGAAAACCGACAAGUAUCUCCUCCCCACAAGCCUCUGUAUCUCCAUCUCCGAGUGAUCUCCAUCUCUAUCUGUAUCUCUAUCUGUGGCUGCAUCUGUAACUCUCUCCCGUGAGAGUCUUGCGAGUGCGCUGGUGUGCGUGUCCGAGUGUGAGCGUGUGCUAAGCUUUUUGCUGUCGCCUAUCUGUGAGGGUAUUGGUGCUUCGGCCUGAACUAUGGUUCGCGUGUUCGUGUGCGUCUAACACUCGUACGUAUCGUAAUUUAAAAAUAAGUAUUUCGACAUUCCGCCGUGGAAACUAUGUGACAUACCAGUCCAGAUCCCCAUAUGCACCACAACGAAACAACGAAACAAAACGAUCUAUACCGCGAAAUAUUAUUAAUAACCCCUCUAAGGGCCAAGAGCAGCGACAAUUGUGAUUAACAAACGAACCCCGACCCCAAAUUAGCCCCGAAAAGCAACCAGGUGCAACACCAGUCACUCAGUCUCUCAGCGAUUACCUCAUCUGUGUCAAAAUGGUAUCAAAAAACAGUAAAAAGAAACAAGUGUCGCAGCAGCAGCAGCAGCCGCCAGCCACAUCGACCACAACCACAUCGUCGUCGGCUACGGCCACGAAGCUCACCAAACAACUGGGACCCGACGCUACAGCGACCCUCACCACUAAGAGCAGCUCCACCUCGAUGGAGCACGAGUCCGUCUCGUACGGAGAGCCAGUGGCGAGCACCUCAUCCUCCACUCCUGUGCUGGCGGCCAGCACUGCAUCCUCGUCUCCCAUGCCUGCGGCUGGUGUCAGGAGCUACAGCCGCAGCAGCAAGAGCAAGGCAGCCAUGUCAAGCUCCCAAUCCUCAUACACAGAGAAAUCUCAGUCUAAGUUACAAUCCCAAUCCCAAUCCCAGUCGGAGCAGUUUAGCAGCAGCAGCAGUAGCACCGCCAAGAUUUCCAGGGAUUACUCCAACGAGAAGAUCAUUGCCUCGAUCGAUCUGCUGGAGAGUGAGAAGAAGGAGCCAGUGUUCUCUGUCCCCAUCGAGGUGGUAGAGAUCACAACGCCCACGCUCUCCAUGUCAGCCAGCGGCGGCAGCCUCUCCAAGAUGUACACGUCCUCUUCCAUGUCUUCCAGUCAGCAGCGACAGCAGCAGCAGGCGAGCAGCAGCUCCACUUACUUCGCCUCCACAACCAGUUCCAGCUCCAAUCGGAGCGCCAAUGAAACGCUCAUUGCAAGCGAGAGAGCCGACACAGCGGCUACCGGUAUGACAUCAUCCGGUGCGAGGAAACAGGUUGGCUUUGACACGAGCAGUAGUACCAAUACCAAUACCAACAUCAGUGUUGAUGUCAAUACCAAUACCAACACUAACACCAACACCAAGAGUACCAGCAGCAGCAGCAAAAGCUUCAGUGAAUCUCAGAGCGUGCCAAAGCUGCCACCAGCGAGCGGAACAGCUGACGGGCCCACAUCGGUGACGUCAUCAAGUUGCCCCGAACCGGUUGCCGCGCCGUCUGCCGUGACCACAACAAAGGGGACGUCAUCCACCUCGCAGAACGAUAAACUGGAACAGCUGUCGGGAACGACAACAGCUGUGGACCACAAGAAAGCCACUUCAUCGACAUCCAAAAAAGAGGUCAGCGAGACCACCACACGGAGCAGCUCGAGCAGCACCAAGCAGUCCACAUCUUCGUCCAAGAAGGAGGUGUAUGACGUGAAGACCAAGACCUGGACCGAGCUCAGCGAUGGCACCAACCCCCAUCCUGGGGGCAACACAAGCAAGCCCACCUUUGAGCGGUACGUCAGCAAGGAGUCGGACGGUAGCUGCAAGGUGACGUACAAGAAGAAGAUAUACGACAGGCGCAACAAUAGGUGGCGCGUGGUUGACGAACGGACUGUGGACAGCACCGCUGACCGGGGCUAUCCCGAAAUAGUCGAUGAUGUCAUCAACACAACCACCACAACAUACACCACCAAGGUGUACGACACGAAACUCGGCAAGUGGACGGUCGUCGACGAGAAGUCGUACAGAGAUAGCAAAGCUUUCGUGCCCAAUGACAUUGCUCGUGAAAUCGAGAAAGAUAAUACCGAUGUGGCAAACAUAACAACUACCACGGAGGUAACAAAGAUAUUCGAUGCGAGCAUCAACGAUUGGCGUGUUCUGGACGAGAAGGUGCACACGGAUGUCAUUGAGAAGAUUGUAGAGACCCCCAAGAAGACCAUCUACGUGGAUGAAUUUGUGGAGAUUGAGAAGAACACCUCGAUUUCGGAGAACAAUGAGAACAUAACCCUGAAUCUGAACGAAACAUCGAAACACAAAAAUAUUACCGAAAAUAUUUAUGAUGAAAUCGAUUAUGUGCGCACCGAUAAGAAACGCUUAGACGAUUCAAGAAACCGUGGAGUCGUCAAGAACAAAAAUACUACGCAUAGCGAGCGGUGCAUCUGUGAGAUCUGCACAUGCGGACGACAUCACUGCUCAACCAGCACAACUAAAUCAACAGAAAACACAAUCAUUGAAACCGAUGAUACCCUCGAGGAAGCAUACACGAGAGUACGUACAAAUACCUGGUCGAAGAGAGACAAUGGAAACAUUCCCAAGCCAAACGAAGACAUAUUAGUGGACUACGUAGUUAUAAAGAAGCCAGAAGAUAAUCUAAAGCCAGAAGGAGACUUCGUAGUCCCACCAAAAGAGCCAUACAAGCCCGGCGAGAGGCGUGAGAAAAUUGUGCACACUGACAAUUUGCGAACAGAGGGAGAAAUGACCUUCAACGAGAGGGAGGAGUAUCAAUACACCGUCCGUCCUGAAUAUAAGAAGCCGACGGACAACCUUAAGCCCGAGGGCGAGUUUUACAGCCCAGAGAAGCCAAAAUAUCAGCCUGGAGACCGCCCAACACAAGUACGACACAAGGAUAACUUGCGGCCUGAAGGUGACUUCUAUACGCCCGACAAGAAGGGCUAUACACCAGCCGAUCGACCCACCCAAAAGAAACCCGUGGAUAACCUCAAGACGGAGGGAGAAUUCCUUACGCCGGAAAAACCCACCUAUCGGCCAGGAGAAAGAUCAGAGAAAAUUAUUCGCAGCGACAACUUGCGCACCGAAGGAGAAAUGACUUUUGUGGAGAAGCAGGAGUACCAAUAUGUGGUUCGACCAGGACAAAUAAAGCCCACUGAUAACCUCAAACCAGAGGGUGAAUUUUACAGUCCUGAGAAACCGAAGUACAGACCAGGCGAUCGUCCAACACAAGUUAGGCAUGAAGACAAUCUGAAACCCGAAGGCGACUUCUACACUCCAGAAAAACCAGGAUACAAGCCUAGUGAACGUCCAUCUCAAGUGCGACCUGAGGAUAAUCUCCGACCUGAGGGAGAGUUCUACACACCGGAUAAAUCAGGAUUCAGACCCGCCGAGAGGCCAGUACAGAAGAAACCAGAAGAUAAUCUAAAACCCGAGGGAGAUUUCUACAGUCCCGAAAAGCAGAAGUAUAUGCCAGGGGAACGGCCUUCCCAAGUCAGACCUGAAGACAAUCUCCGACCUGAGGGCGAAUUCUACAGUCCCGAGAAACCCAAGUACAGACCAGGUGAACGUCCAUCGCAAGUCAGACCUGAAGACAAUCUCCGACCUGAGGGAGAGUUCUACACUCCAGAUAAACCUGGAUUCAAACAAGCUGAGAGGCCGGUCCAGAAGAAACCCGUGGACAAUUUGAAGCCCGAAGGAGAGUUUACGAAGCCUGAGAAACAGGUUUACAAACCUGCUGAUAAAAACGAAAGGAUCAUUCGUAAGGACAACCUACGUAGCGAAGGUGAAAUGACGUUCGUUGAAAAACAGGAGUAUCAAUACGUGGUACGACCCGAUCAAGUCAGACCCACGGAUAACUUGAAGCCCGAAGGUGACUUCUGCAGUCCCGAAAAGCAGAAGUAUACGCCAGGUGAACGUCCAACCCAAGUCAGACCAGAAGACAAUCUCCGACCUGAGGGAGAUUUCUACACUCCGGAUAAACCAGAAUUCAGACCCGCUGAGAGACCUGUUCAGAAGAAGCCGGAGGAUAAUCUGAAACCCGAGGGAGAUUUCUACAGUCCCGAAAAACAGAAGUAUACGCCAGGAGAACGUCCAACCCAAGUCAGACCUGAAGACAAUCUCCGACCUGAGGGAGAGUUUUAUACUCCGGAUAAACCUGGAUUCAGACCCGCUGAAAGACCUGUUCAGAAGAAGCCGGAGGAUAAUCUAAAACCCGAAGGAGAUUUCUACAGUCCCGAAAAGCAGAAGUAUACACCAGGAGAACGUCCAACCCAGGUCAGACCUGAAGACAAUCUGAGACCUGAGGGAGAAUUCUACAGUCCCGAGAAACCCAAGUACAGACCUGGUGAACGUCCAUCGCAAGUCAGACCUGAAGACAAUCUCCGACCUGAGGGAGAGUUUUACACUCCGGAUAAACCCGGAUUCAGGCCCGCUGAGAGACCAGUCCAAAAGAAACCAGUGGACAAUUUGAAGCCCGAAGGAGAGUUUACGAAGCCUGAGAAACAGGUUUACAAACCUGCUGAUAAAAACGAAAGGAUCAUUCGUAAGGACAACCUACGUAGCGAAGGUGAAAUGACGUUCGUUGAGAAACAGGAGUAUCAUUACGUGGUACGACCCGAUCAAGUCAGACCCACGGAUAACUUGAAGCCCGAAGGUGACUUCUACAGUCCCGAAAAGCAGAAGUAUACGCCAGGGGAACGUCCAACCCAAGUCAGACCUGAAGACAAUCUCCGACCUGAGGGAGAGUUCUACAGUCCCGAGAAACCCAAGUACAGACCUGGUGAACGUCCAUCGCAAGUCAGACCUGAAGACAAUCUCCGACCUGAGGGAGAGUUCUACACUCCGGAUAAACCAGGAUUCAGACCCGCUGAAAGACCUGUUCAGAAGAAGCCGGAGGAUAAUCUAAAACCCGAAGGAGAUUUCUACAGUCCCGAAAAGCAGAAGUAUACACCAGGAGAACGUCCAACCCAGGUCAGACCUGAAGACAAUCUGAGACCUGAGGGAGAAUUCUACAGUCCCGAGAAACCCAAGUACAGACCUGGUGAACGUCCAUCGCAAGUCAGACCUGAAGACAAUCUCCGACCUGAGGGAGAGUUUUACACUCCGGAUAAACCCGGAUUCAGGCCCGCUGAGAGACCAGUCCAAAAGAAACCCGUGGACAAUUUGAAGCCCGAAGGAGAGUUUACGAAGCCUGAGAAACAGGUUUACAAACCUGCUGAUAAAAACGAAAGGAUCAUUCGUAAGGACAACCUACGUAGCGAAGGUGAAAUGACAUUCGUUGAAAAACAGGAGUAUCAAUACGUGGUACGACCCGAUCAAGUCAGACCCACGGAUAACUUGAAGCCCGAAGGUGACUUCUACAGUCCCGAAAAGCAGAAGUAUACGCCAGGAGAACGUCCAACCCAAGUAAGACCUGAAGACAAUCUGAGACCUGAGGGAGAAUUCUACAGUCCCGAGAAACCCAAGUACAGACCUGGUGAACGUCCAUCGCAAGUCAGACCUGAAGACAAUCUCCGACCUGAGGGAGAGUUCUACACUCUGGAUAAACCAGGAUUCAGACCCGCUGAAAGACCUGUUCAGAAGAAGCCGGAGGAUAAUCUGAAACCCGAAGGAGAUUUCUACAGUCCCGAAAAGCAGAAGUAUACACCAGGAGAACGUCCAACCCAGGUCAGACCUGAAGACAAUCUGAGACCUGAGGGAGAAUUCUACAGUCCCGAGAAACCCAAGUACAGACCUGGUGAACGUCCAUCGCAAGUCAGACCUGAAGACAAUCUCCGACCUGAGGGAGAGUUUUACACUCCGGAUAAACCCGGAUUCAGGCCCGCUGAGAGACCAGUCCAAAAGAAACCCGUGGACAAUUUGAAGCCCGAAGGAGAAUUUACGAAGCCUGAGAAACAGGUUUACAAACCUGCUGAUAAAAACGAAAGGAUCAUUCGUAAGGACAACCUACGUAGCGAAGGUGAAAUGACGUUCGUUGAAAAACAGGAGUAUCAAUACGUGGUACGACCCGAUCAAGUCAGACCCACGGAUAACUUGAAGCCCGAAGGUGACUUCUACAGUCCCGAAAAGCAGAAGUAUACGCCAGGAGAACGUCCAACCCAAGUCAGACCUGAAGACAAUCUCCGACCUGAGGGAGAGUUCUACACUCCGGAUAGACCAGGAUUCAGACCCGCUGAGAGACCAGUCCAAAAGAAACCCGUGGACAAUUUGAAGCCCGAAGGAGAGUUUACGAAGCCUGAGAAACAGGUUUACAAACCUGCUGAUAAAAACGAAAGGAUCAUUCGUAAGGACAACCUACGUAGCGAAGGUGAAAUGACGUUCGUUGAGAAACAGGAGUAUCAAUACGUGGUACGACCCGAUCAAGUCAGACCGACGGAUAACCUGAAGCCCGAGGGUGACUUCUACAGUCCCGAAAAGCAGAAGUAUACGCCAGGAGAACGUCCAACCCAAGUCAGACCUGAAGACAAUCUGAGACCUGAGGGAGAAUUCUACAGUCCCGAGAAACCCAAGUACAGACCAGGUGAACGUCCAUCGCAAGUCAGACCUGAAGACAAUCUCCGACCUGAGGGAGAGUUCUACACUCCGGAUAAACUAGAAUUCAGACCCGCUGAGAGACCUGUUCAGAAGAAGCCGGAGGAUAAUCUGAAACCCGAGGGAGAUUUCUACAGUCCCGAAAAACAGAAGUAUACGCCAGGAGAACGUCCAACCCAAGUCAGACCUGAAGACAAUCUCCGACCUGAGGGAGAGUUUUAUACUCCGGAUAAACCUGGAUUCAGACCCGCUGAGAGACCAGUCCAAAAGAAACCCGUGGACAAUUUGAAGCCCGAAGGAGAGUUUACGAAGCCUGAGAAACAGGUUUACAAACCUGCUGAUAAAAACGAAAGGAUCAUUCGUAAGGACAACCUACGUAGCGAAGGUGAAAUGACGUUCGUUGAGAAACAGGAGUAUCAAUACGUGGUACGACCCGAUCAAGUCAGACCGACGGAUAACCUGAAGCCCGAGGGUGACUUCUACAGUCCCGAAAAGCAGAAGUAUACGCCAGGAGAACGUCCAACCCAAGUCAGACCUGAAGACAAUCUGAGACCUGAGGGAGAAUUCUACAGUCCCGAGAAACCCAAGUACAGACCAGGUGAACGUCCAUCGCAAGUCAGACCUGAAGACAAUCUCCGACCUGAGGGAGAGUUCUACACUCCGGAUAAACUAGAAUUCAGACCCGCUGAGAGACCUGUUCAGAAGAAGCCGGAGGAUAAUCUGAAACCCGAGGGAGAUUUCUACAGUCCCGAAAAACAGAAGUAUACGCCAGGAGAACGUCCAACCCAAGUCAGACCUGAAGACAAUCUCCGACCUGAGGGAGAGUUUUAUACUCCGGAUAAACCUGGAUUCAGACCCGCUGAGAGACCAGUCCAAAAGAAACCCGUGGACAAUUUGAAGCCCGAAGGAGAGUUUACGAAGCCUGAGAAACAGGUUUACAAACCUGCUGAUAAAAACGAAAGGAUCAUUCGUAAGGACAACCUACGUAGCGAAGGUGAAAUGACGUUCGUUGAGAAACAGGAGUAUCAAUACGUGGUACGACCCGAUCAAGUCAGACCGACGGAUAACCUGAAGCCCGAGGGUGACUUCUACAGUCCCGAAAAGCAGAAGUAUACGCCAGGAGAACGUCCAACCCAAGUCAGACCUGAAGACAAUCUCCGACCUGAAGGAGAAUUCUACAGUCCCGAGAAACCCAAGUACAGACCAGGUGAACGUCCAACGCAAGUCAGACCUGAAGACAAUCUCCGACCUGAAGGAGAGUUCUACACUCCGGAUAAGCCUGGAUUCAGACCCGCUGAGAGACCAGUCCAAAAGAAGCCCGUGGACAAUUUGAAGCCCGAAGGAGAGUUUACGAAGCCUGAGAAACAGGUUUACCAACCUGCUGAUAAAAACGAAAGGAUCAUUCGUAAGGACAACCUACGUAGCGAAGGUGAAAUGACGUUCGUUGAGAAACAGGAGUAUCAAUACGUGGUACGACCCGAUCAAGUCAGACCCACGGAUAACUUGAAGCCCGAAGGUGACUUCUACAGUCCCGAAAAGCAGAAGUAUACGCCAGGAGAACGUCCAACCCAAGUAAGACCAGAAGACAAUCUCCGACCUGAGGGAGAAUUCUACAGUCCCGAGAAACCCAAGUACAGACCAGGUGAACGUCCAUCGCAAGUCAGACCUGAAGACAAUCUCCGACCUGAGGGAGAGUUCUACACUCCAGAUAAACCUGGAUUUAAACCUGCUGAGAGACCUGUCCAGAAGAAGCCGGAGGAUAAUCUGAAACCCGAGGGAGAUUUCUACAGUCCCGAAAAGCAGAAGUAUACGCCAGGAGAACGUCCAACCCAAGUAAGACCUGAAGACAAUCUGAGACCUGAGGGAGAAUUCUACAGUCCCGAGAAACCCAAGUACAGACCAGGUGAACGUCCAUCGCAAGUCAGACCUGAAGACAAUCUCCGACCUGAGGGAGAGUUCUACACUCCGAAUAAACCUGGAUUCAAACCCGCUGAGAGACCAGUCCAAAAGAAACCCGUGGACAAUCUGAAGCCCGAAGGAGAGUUUACGAAGCCUGAGAAACAGGUUUACAAACCUGCUGAUAAGAACGAAAGGAUCAUUCGUAAGGACAACCUACGUAGCGAAGGUGAAAUGACGUUCGUUGAGAAACAGGAGUAUCAAUACGUAGUACGACCCGAUCAAGUCAGACCGACGGAUAACCUGAAGCCCGAAGGUGACUUCUACAGUCCCGAAAAGCAGAAGUAUACGCCAGGAGAACGUCCAAGCCAAGUCAGACCUGAAGACAAUCUCCGACCUGAGGGAGAGUUUUACACUCCGGAUAAACCUGGAUUCAGACCCGCUGAGAGACCAGUCCAAAAGAAACCCGUGGACAAUUUGAAGCCCGAAGGAGAGUUUACGAAGCCUGAGAAACAGGUUUACAAACCUGCUGAUAAAAACGAAAGGAUCAUUCGUAAGGACAACCUACGUAGCGAAGGUGAAAUGACGUUCGUUGAGAAACAGGAAUAUCAAUACGUGGUACGACCCGAUCAAGUCAGACCCACGGAUAACCUGAAGCCCGAGGGUGACUUCUACAGUCCCGAAAAGCAGAAGUAUACGCCAGGAGAACGUCCAACCCAAGUAAGACCUGAAGACAAUCUCCGACCUGAGGGAGAAUUCUACAGUCCCGAGAAACCCAAGUACAGACCUGGUGAACGUCCAUCGCAAGUCAGACCUGAAGACAAUCUCCGACCUGAGGGAGAGUUUUACACUCCGGAUAAACCCGGAUUCAGGCCCGCUGAGCGGCCGAUCCAGAAGAAACCCGUGGACAAUCUGAAGCCCGAAGGAGAGUUUGCGAAGCCUGAGAAACAGGUUUACAAACCUGCUGAUAAAAACGAAAGGAUCAUUCGUAAGGACAACCUACGUAGCGAAGGUGAAAUGACGUUCGUUGAGAAAGAGGAGUAUCAAUACGUGGUACGACCUGAUCAAGUCAGACCCACGGAUAACCUGAAGCCAGAGGGUGACUUCUACAGUCCCGAAAAGCGGAAGUAUACGCCAGGUGAACGUCCAACGCAAGUCAGACCUGAAGACAAUCUCCGACCUGAGGGAGAGUUCUACACUCCGGAUAAACCUGGAUUUAAACCCGCUGAAAGGCCUGUCCAGAAGAAGCCGGAGGAUAAUCUGAAACCCGAGGGAGAUUUCUACAGUCCCGAAAAGCAGAAGUAUACGCCAGGAGAACGUCCAACCCAAGUCAGACCUGAAGACAAUCUCCGACCUGAGGGAGAGUUCUACACUCCAGAUAAACCUGGAUUCAAACCCGCUGAGAGACCAGUCCAGAAGAAACCCGUGGACAAUUUGAAGCCCGAAGGAGAGUUUACAAAGCCUGAGAAACAGAUUUACAAGUCGGGCGACAGAACUACCAAGAUAAUCCAGAAGGACAACUUACGAACGGAAGGUGAAAUGACGUUCGUUGAGAAGAAGGAAUAUCAAUAUGUCGUACGACCAGAUCAAGUAAAACCAUCGGAUAACUUAAAGCCGGAAGGAGAGUUCUUCAGCCCCGACAAACCCAAAUACCAGCCCGGCGAGCGAGUUACCGUUGUGCGGCAGAAGGAUAACUUAAAGGUGGAGGGAGAGUUUUACGCGCCUGACAAACCAGACUUCCAGCCUGCCGAAAGGCCCAAGCAAAAGAAGCCCCAUGAUAAUUUAAAACCAGAGGGAGAGAUGAUUAUGCCAGAAAAAAUUAAAUACAAGCCCGCCGAUAAAGUUAAUAGAGUGGUUCACAAGGAUAAUCUCCGUUCGGAAGGAGAGAUGACUUUCACAGAGAAAACUGAGUAUCAACACGUCGUUAGACCCUCCCCGGUUAGGCCGGAGGACAAUCUGAAGACCUCGGGUAAGUUCUACGUACCAGAAAAGCCAGCAGUUACAAACGGGGAUCGCCCCGAGGCGGUAAGACCCAAGGAUAACCUGAAGCCAGAAGGGAUUAUGUACACCCCUGAAAAGCCGAAAUACGAGCCUGCCUCCCGACCAGAGCAGAAGAGGUAUGUGGACAACCUAAAGCCCGAGGGCAAGAUGCACAUGCCUGAGAAGGAAGCGUUCAGGCCGGCAGAUAGAGUGACGACAGUCAUCAGAAAGGAUAACCUGAAGACCGAGGGGGAAAUGACCUUCACACAAAAGGACGUGUAUCAUCAUGUAAAGCGGCCCGAACAGGUGAAGCCGUGCGACAACCUGAAGGUCGAAGGAGAAUUCUUCACACCUGAUAAGAAACCCUUCCGUCCAGCCGAGCGGCCCAUCCAAAAGAAGCCAAAGGACAACUUGAAACCGGAGGGAGAAUUCUACAGGCAAAGCGACCGCACGGAGACCGACAGCACAACGGUAGAAACUACAAAACGAGAGACCGCUAAGCGACCGGUGGAUAACCUCAAGCUGGAAGGUUCCAUGACAGUGACCCGCAAGGAUGAUUAUAAAAAGGAGACCAACAAGACCACGGUAGAGCAGGUUCAGCGGACACAGAAGUACCAGCACAACAGCUCCUCCAUCAGCCUGGGAACCGACACCGCCAUCCGCAAGACCACCAACCAGAUGAACUAUGUGUCCGGCAAGGAUGCUGUCAAGCAGGUGGAUUCCAACAGUCAGAACCCAGUGGACGGUCUUAUUGUUGUGUCCACCACGAAGGUGACCACCGUUAUAGGAGGCCGCCACAAGGAGCCCGAAACCGAGUACGUGAAGCGCCCAGCCAAGAUAAACGUGAUCGAGAACGUGGCCAAAAACACUACGACCACAAACAUCGAGAACACCCAAAACAUCCAUAAAGAAACCACCUCGAUGCAGAGGAGCCACAAUGUCAUCGAGAAUAGUGCAGUGAACACUGUGAAUACUGCAGUCCGUGGAUCGGACAUCUCCAGCAAGGCCCUCCAAACCAGCACUACGAAUCGUGGAGGUCAGAUCAGCAGGGACACUACUGGAGACUCCACAUCCCGUGUAGUGUCGAGAAAAACCGUCUCGAACAACAUAACUGGAGAUUCCACGACUCGAGUGGUCUCUGGAAAAACACUCACCAGCAACGUUACCGCAGACUCCACUUCAAAGGUAGUUUCCGGAAGGAACGUCUCCAGCAACAUCAUUGGAGAUUCAUCCACCCGUGUGGUGUCCGGAAGGAAUGUCUCGAGCAACAUUACUGGGGAUUCAUCCGCUCGCAUGGUAUCUGGCAGAAACGUCACCACUAAUAUAAUUGGUGACUCGUCUUCCCGCGUGGUAGCCGGUGGCCAAAACGUGAUUGAUGACUCAACAUCACGAGUGAUCUCGGGCGACAGGACCUCCAGCCACAACAUUGUUACCGGCAGCUCCACAUCCCAUACGAGCUCCUCCAAGCACUUCCAUCACCGCAAGAGCGAGUUCUCCUCGGAGGCGGAUGUCUCAAAUACGAUCUUCCAUCGGAAGAACGCCGCCACCGACUCGGCUGCAGCCAAUGGCAGCAGUCUCACUUCAAACGGGAAGAUGAUGCGGAAGAGUAUUUUGAAUUUGCACGAGCAACCCUCCAGCACGCCCCAUGCCAGCGAUCGUCAGAGCUAUAGCAGCAUCCACCGGCAGAACCGGGAGUCGGACCAGAACACCAGCUUCUCCAGUGAGCGCCGCAGCUGCAGUGUCCACAAGGAAAACAGGGAGAGCAACGUGAAGAACUCUUCGUCCAUGUCCCGAAUCAUAUCCGGAGGAAGCACUGCCACUGCCACAGACAACAGAUCAACUGUCACACGCACCCAAGUGUUGGGCGGUGGCAUCGAUUUUCCCUCCCAAUCUCAGACCCAUGUGGGAGCCCAUGGCAGGCGCCACCACCAUGUAUCCACUUCCAGCGGCGGCAUCGAUUUUCCCUCUUACAGUGCCCACGGACACACCGAACGGGUGGUCACCCGUAGGGGCAACCAGUCCUCCAUCAGCCUCGGCAACGACACAAAGUGUACGGGAUCGAGUCAGUACAAGAGCGAGUACAUUACAGCCCCGAGCACCACCUGUGCAGUGCAUAAUAUUAAGAAAGGUGCAUUCCAACAUACCAGGAGUACUCAAGAACACAAGUUCUUCAAGACCUCAAACUAACAAUUAAUAACAUCCAUAUCAAAUCCCAUAUUAACGUGUAAUAGUGCAUAAGUUUCCAUGACAAUAUAUCUUUUAUACAAUAUACAAGCCGAUCCGAAAAUCCAGAUUAACAAAUAAAUAUCAUUUUUCAAAAACAAAAAAACUGUUUCAAUUUGUUUUGGAUCAACUUGAGAGAUGACGUCUUUAUUGAGAGUUUAAAAUAGGCUAGUGUCGUUUUUAGGACUAGUGUGUAUAGGUAACUGUAUAUUUAAACUUUAAAAAAAUCUGCACAAUGGUUUCUAUCUAUAACAUACAUACAUUUAGAUCCGUAUCUGUAUAAUGGUGUACAGUUUAUUGUUAAAUUUCUUCAAUUUUUCUAUAUUUCAUAAUGCGCGUUAGUACAAUAAAUAUUUCUCUUUUCGUAUGUGUAUAUAUUUAA